CUCUUCAAAAAUCCAAUCGUUUCCUAUCUUCUUACCUAAAUUUAUCGUUCGUUAUCCAUCGUUCGUCGUACGUCAUUUGGUUGCCGCCUUUAAUAAAUACGUGCGAUUACCAUCGUUUCAAGUGCUCCGCAACAGUGAUAAUGUCCGAGGAUGUUAGUGUAACGAUUCAAAAGGGUUUGUCGGAAUGGUGGAACGAAGAAACCGAGUAUAUUUUUCAACGAAUCGAGCGAUGGGCUGCGUACGCAAGAGGUUACAACCGGUUGAGAUCACAAAGACUAUCAAGAGGUCGCAUGACUAUGCAAGGAGGACAGGAACCACGCUGGAGUAUUUCCUCCAAUAAGCUGAUCAUCGACGAUUGCUCCUGGAGUCCGCGUUUUCAUAGCUUGAAAAAGUCACGACGAAAAUCUCGACCGGAGGAAACCAAGAUCGAUUGCUGCGCAACUCUCAAUUACCAAUCAAACAGCAAUUUGGACAGCUCUUGCCUGCAAACCUAUAGAUACGACCAUAGUAUUUACUUCAAGACAAUUGGCGACAUUAAAAAUGACAAGAAACAGGUUAAUGUUACCACGAACGGAGAAGAAGAUGGGAUUUCUGUUAGCAGCGAGGAGCUGGUCGAAUGGCAUGUUAAUACAGUGUCAGGAUUUAUCGCCAGUCAGCUAUUCGAAGAUGCGUUCGUCAAUCACGAUAAAGAAAAUGCCUUGGAUUCUACAAGAAAUUCUCAUCAGGAUGCCAACAGGCAACUUGACUCUGUCGCAUGGUUCAACGUGGACUUGUCGAAGCUCGAUUUAGACGAAGAUGACAUCACCGUGACAGUUACCAAUCAGCUAAAUAAUGAAAACGGUUUGACAAUUUUUCAGAACGAAGAGCAAACGAAUAAUAAUUACAUUCAGAACGAAGAAACUGUCGUGAAAACGAACUUGAACAAUCGAACGCAAUUAAGCUGCGUGGACCAAGAUGAAAACAACGCGAAGGAAACGCAGCCCGAGGAAGGAACCAAGAAGUUUCUUGACGUUCGAAGAACGAGAAGAUCAUACAGAACGGUUAAACAACAACCAGUUGUAGGUGAUAACGAAGUGGUUUGGCCUAGUGUAUUAUUAAAUUACACUAAAAACAUCAGCCCCUCCAAUUCGCCGCAUCAUUACAAUGAACCACGAAAAUAAAUUAGAAGACAAAUUUUCACGACGCGAUGGAUUUGAUUUUACAAUUUUCAACAAUAACGUUGACAAACGUUUCAACAAUAAAUGCACGUAAAAUUAUCUGUAUAACAUCGUUCCGCUCUAUUAGAAUACAUCCUUUUUGUAUCAAACUUUUCAAAUCAAAAUCAUAAUUUUAUCAACUAUAUUCCUCGUAAAUGUAUAAUGGAAAAUAAAUUACAUUUGUCUCGUAUACAAAUCAUUGUUACAAUCCGUCGCUAAUGCAGUUAUCAAAUCAGUUUGAUAUCUGCUUUGUGUUUUUUCUAUCAAUGAGUAGAGAGUUCUUAAUGACGAAAAGAUGGAAAAUUUGAUUCGACCAAGCACGUUACAUACGACGAUUCCGGUGUACCAUUAUUUCAGAGUUUAGUAGUUUUAUUAAUCCCGCCGAUGCGUUUAGUUUUCAUGCCUAUUUAUACAUCAAAAUACGAUACGUAUCGCAAAUGCUAUCCGCACCGGGUAAACAUGCAACUUUUUUACAAAAAUAAAGUUACCACAUUCCAUCCUCAGCGAAUUCUUCAUUGUUUUUCAUCUUUCGACUGUCGGCAGAAACCUCUUUUAAGCAAUAUUCCUUCAAUCUUGAUGAUACUUGUGCACACAACGUUGAAUAGCAAUAAUACUAUACGGAAAGAUAUGAAACUAAACUUUAGUUAAGGGCAUUUGCAUUUAUCGAGUGUACAAAGUUAUUUUUCUUGAAAACAAAGCAUCACAACAAAUUCUUGUGUAAAGUUUAUUUUACACUUUCGAUCGAUUUUUUCAUCGAUUAUGUCUUUUCUUAAUAUCUAUUAUCAACAACAACAACAACAAUAAUAAUAAUAAAAGAUUAUCUAAGUAAAGGAAGGAUUCGAUUGUAGGAACGACUCAUAUUAUAUUAUAUUGUAUUAGUGACAAAAGUAUCUUGUCUGUCUGCAGGUUUGGGCGCAUAUUUACGAACAUGAAAUAAGAACCACAAAUUAAGAGAACCAGAAAGUGUAUACAGUGGCAAAUACAUCGUAGAUU